GACUUUGCGGUUGGCUGAGGGGAGGCCUUCCGGCGACCCACUUCCGUUACCUGCUGCUAGGGCCGUGGGUCUCCGGGGUCGGUGAAGGAUCCCAAGAUGGCUGGGCGAAAACUUGCUUUAAAAGCCAUUGACUGGGUAGCUUUUGGGGAGAUCAUACCCCGAAACCAAAAGACUGUUGCCAACUCCCUGAGGUCCUGGAAUGAGACCCUCACCUCCAGGUUGGCCGCUGUACCUGAGAAGCCACCAGCUAUCGACUGGGCUUACUACAAGGCCAACGUGGCCAAGGCUGGCUUAGUGGACGACUUUGAGAAGAAGUUCAAUGCCCUGAAGAUUCCUGUGCCAGAGGAUAAGUACACUGCCCUGGUGGAUGCUGAAGAAAAAGAAGAUGUGAAGAGUUGUGCUGAGUUUUUGGCUGUCUCAAAGACUAGGAUUGGGGAGUACGAGAAACAGCUGGAGAAGUUGAGGAACAUUAUUCCAUUUGACCAGAUGACCAUCGACGACUUGAACGAAGCCUUCCCUGAAACCAGAUUAGACAAGACCAAGUAUCCCUAUUGGCCUCACCAGCCAAUUGAAAAUUUUUAAAUUGAGACUGAGAGGAAGCUCUGGCCCUCAUAUAACAAACUCUGAACGUUAAAAAUAAAAAUAAUUCUAUGGU